AUGUUAGGCGAGAAGGAUGUCCUCUUCUACUACGAGGUCAUCAACAUCAUCACCAACAACAAAAACAACUCCAUCCACAAAAGCUGCUCUUACUACUUCCACAACAACAUUGAUCACAAAUGCUCCAACAACAUCUCAAACAAGGUCAUUCUCUUCUCCUACUACAUCAACUUCUGCAACAACUUCAUCAACAUCUCCAACUACUGCUGGAGUCACAUCCCCAACCACCACAGAUAUUUCUACAUCCAUUACAACUACCACUGCUCCUCCAACAAUUGCUACUAUUUCUACUUCCACAAGCUCUCCCACUACUCUACCAACCACAUCCCUGUCAACAAUGACCACCACAGCACCGACGUCUCUACCACUACUUCUCCAUCAACAUCUCAAACAACAUCAUUCUCAUCUACUAUGUCAUCUCCGACAAAAACAACUUCUGCAACAUCUUCAUCAACACCGACAACAACAAAUUCUGCAACAUCUUCAUCAACGUCUUCAUCUCCAACAACUACAACUUCUGCAACAUCUUCAUCAACGUCUCCAUCUCCAACUACAACAACUUCUGCAACAUCUUCAUCAACAUCUCAAACAACAUCUACAACCCCAUCAAGUUCUGCAGCACUUACUACUUCCACAACAUCUACCACUACGUCUCCAACAACAUCUCAAACAACGACAUUCUCUUCUCCUACUAUGUCAUCUCCAACAACAACAACUUCUGCAACAUCUUCAUCAACAUCUCCAUCUCCAACUACAACAACUUCUGCAACAUUUUCAUCAACAUCUCAAACAACAUCCACAACCUCAUCAAGUACUGCAGCACUUACUACUUCCACAACAUCUACCACUACUUCUCCAACAACAUCUCAAACAAUGACAUUCUCUUCUCCUACUAUGUCAUCACCAACAACAACAACAUCGGCAACAUCUUCAUCAACAUCUCAAACAACAUCCACAACCCCAGCAAGUUCUGCUGCACUUACUACUUCCACAACAACAUCGAUCACAACUGCUCCAACAACAUCUCAAACAACAUCAUUCUCUUCUCCUACUACGUCAAUUACUUCAUUAUCAACUACAACAACUUCUGCAACAUCUUCAUCAACGUCUUCAUCUCCAACUACAACAACUUCUGCAACAUCUUCAUCAACAUCUCAAACAACAUCCACAACCCCAUCAAGUCCUGCAGCACUUACUAUUUCCACAACAACUAACACUACUUCUCCAACCACAUCUCAAACAACGACAUUCUCUUCUCCUACUAUGUCAUCCCCAACAACUACAACUUCUGCAACAUCUUCAUCAACAUCUCCAUCUCCAACUACAACAACUUCUGCAACAUCUUCAUCAACGUCUCCAUCUCCAACUACAACAACUUCUGCAACAUCUUCAUCAACGUCUCCAUCUCCAACUACAACAACUUCUGCAACAUCUUCAUCAACGUCUCAAACCACAUCCACAACUACUUCAACUACUGCCGCAAUUACUACUUCCACAUCUACCACUACUUCUCCAACAAAAUCUCAAACAACAACAUUCUCUUCUCCUACUAUGUCAUCUCCAACAACUACAACUUCGUCAACAUCUUCAUCAACGUCUUCAUCUCCAACUACAACAACUUCUGCAACAUCUUCAUCAACAUCUCAAACAACAUCCACAACCCCAUCAAGUACUGCUGCACAUACUACUUCCACAACAACAUCGAUCACAACUGCUCCAACAACAUCUCAAACAACGACAUUCUCUUCUCCUACUAUGUCAUCUCCAACAACAACUUCUGCAACAUUUUCAUCAACAUCUCAAACAACAUCCACAACCUCAUCAAGUACUGCAGCACUUACUACUUCCACAACAUCUACCACUACUUCUCCAACAACAUCUCAACAAACAACAUCAUUCUCUUCUCCUACUACGUCAAUUACUUCAUUAACUUCCACAACAUCGAUCACAACUGCUCCAACAACAUCUCAAACAACAUCCACAACCCCAUCAAGUACUGCAGCACUUACUACUUCCACAACAUCUACCACUACUUCUCCAACAACAUCUCAAACAACGACAUUCUCUUCUCCUACUAUGUCAUCCCCAACAACUACAACUUCUGCAACAUCUUCAUCAACAUCUCCAUCUCCAACUACAACAACUUCUGCAACAUCUUCAUCAACGUCUCCAUCUCCAACUACAACAACUUCUGCAACAUCUUCAUCAACGUCUCAAACCACAUCCACAACUCCUUCAACUACUGACGCACUUACUACUUCCACAUCUACCACUAUGUCUCCAACAACAUCUCAAACAACGACAUUCUCUUCUUCUACUAUGUCAUCUCCGACAACAACUUCUGCAACAUCUUCAUCAACAUCUCAAACAACAUCUACAACCACAUCAAGUUCUGCAGCACUUACUACUUCCACAACAUCUACCACUACUUCUCCAACAACAUCUCAAACAACGACAUUCUCUUCUCCUACUAUGUCAUCUCCGACAACAACAACUUCUGCAACAUCUUCAUCAACGUCUUCAUCUCCAGCAACUACAACUUCUGCAACAUCUUCAUCAACGUCUCCAUCUCCAACUACAACAACUUCUGCAACAUCUUCAUCAACGUCUCAAACCACAUCCACAACUCCUUCAACUACUGCCGCAAUUACUACUUCCACAUCUACCACUACUUCUCCAACAACAUCUCAAACAACAACAUUCUCUUCUCCUACUAUGUCAUCUCCAACAACUACAACUUCCUCAACAUCUUCAUCAACGUCUUCAUCUCCAACUACAGCAACUUCUGCAACAUCUUCAUCAACAUCUCAAACAACAUCUACAACCCCAUCAAAUACUGCAGCACUUACUACUUCCACAACAUCUACCACUACUUCUCCAACAACAUCUCGAACAACGACAUUCUCUUCUCCUACUAUGUCAUCCCCGACAACAACAACUUCUGCAACAUCUUCAUCAACGUCUUCAUCUCCAACUACAACAACUUCUGCAACAUCUUCAUCAACAUCUCCAUCUCCAACUACAACAACUUCUGCAACAUUUUCAUCAACAUCUCAAACAACAUCCACAACCUCAUCAAGUACUGCAGCACUUACUACUUCCACAACAUCUACCACUACUUCUCCAACAACAUCUCAAACAACGACAUUCUCUUCUCCUACUAUGUCAUCUCCAACAACAACAACUUCUGCAACAUCUUCAUCAACAUCUCCAUCUCCAACUACAACAACUUCUGCAACAUUUUCAUCAACAUCUCAAACAACAUCUACAACCCCAUCAAGUACUGCAUCACUUACUACUUCCACAACAUCUACCACUACGUCUCCAACAACAUCUCAAACAACGACAUUCUCUUCUCCUACUAUGUCAUCUCCAACAACAACAACUUCUGCAACAUCUUCAUCAACAUCUCCAUCUCCAACUACAACAACUUCUGCAACAUUUUCAUCAACAUCUCAAACAACAUCCACAACCUCAUCAAGUACUGCAGCACUUACUACUUCCACAACAUCUACCACUACAUCUUCAUCAACGUCUUCAUCUCCAACUACAACAACUUCUGCAACAUCUUCAUCAACAUCUCAAACAACAUCCACAUCUUCUCCUACUAUGUCAUCUCCAACAACUACAACUUCGUCAACAUCUUCAUCAUCAACGUCUUCAUCUCCAACUACAACAACUUCUGCAACAUCUUCUCCAACUACAACAACUUCUGCAACAUUUUCAUCAACAUCUCAAACAACAUCUACAACCCCAUCAAGUACUUCCUGCAGCACUUACUAUUUCCACAACAACUAA